UUUAGUUUUAAAUUAUAUCUUAUUUUACUUAAAAAUCUAAAAGGCUAAUGUUUUAUCGAUUCUCUCUCUCGUUUUUCUAUCGAUUUUAAGUGUGUAGCGAAUUCAAUAUGGCUUCAUUGAAGAUCAGAAAUUCAAAUCAUCUGAAAAGUAGUUUGACUACACAAAUAUAACUACAAUAAUACGAUAUGAGGUUAUGAUACAAGAUUAAUAGUAGUGACUAAAAUUUUGACUAUUUUUUAAAAAUACCGAACUUCUAAUGCUGAGAUAUGGCCCGUUCCUCAGUAUCAGCACAAUGUGACUUAAUUGCAUCAUACAUGGAUGGAGUACAUGUUAAAAUUGCAGAGGCCUAUAAACCUCCAAGAAAAAUAUGUUUACCAGCUGCAUAUAAUAAUAAACUACCGGAUGUAUCCAAAUUAACUUAUGAUUUCAAUUUGGAACGAUCAGUACUUGAGAAGAUGACAGAAUGGCGUAAUGUUAGGCAAGUAAAUAACAAAGCGCGGCAUGCACGAUUAGAUGAGAAAAGGAAGAAACAAAAAACUGAAUUUUCGCCUCCACCGCCACCUCCAUUGCCUGAUACUACAAAGCCUAUAAAUGCACCUGUGCCUGAAACAACAAUUCUUACUCCACAGCCUUUAUCUCCACCUGCCAAUGAUCUUCAAGAUCAUGUGAAAGCAAAUGGUCUUGACUAUGCUGAUUUUGAUAAUGAUACAAGCAGUCCAUUUGAUAAUAUGGAAUUAAAAACAAUUAACGAAAUGGAAGAACUUGCUCAGGUAUUACAGCCUACAUCUCAAUGGAUACCACCAGCAAAAUUAGAGAGUUUAUUGAAUGAUUUAAGUGUUAAUGAUAAGUCGAAAAUUCAUGCACAAGAAAAAAAUGAUAAUGUCAAAAAUGAAACGAUUGACCAAGAACAAGUUAAUGAACAAGAGAAUGUCAAACAUCGUAGUGUAUCUGCGAUUGUACAAGAACUUCAAAGAGAUUUAAAAAGACCACUCAUGGAGGAUUGGAAACCUUGGCCAAAUUUAGAAAGUCCCGACACUAGCACUCAUGAAACAUUAAAGCAAGAAGAACCUAUGGUAACAAAUCAAGUUGCUAUUAUGAAUUUAUUAUUGGAUUUAACAGAGGAAGAUAAAAAAUUAGCUCGGCAUUUGAGCGAUAUGGGAUUUCCUUUAUCGAGAGCUGCCCGUGCUAUACGCGAAUUAGGUGGUCAAGAUAAUAAAAAGAUUGUAGAAUAUUUAUUGGCUGUGCAAGCUUUAGAAGAAAUUGGAAUUUCCGGAGAAGAUGCUGAAAAAGCUCUUGCUCUUACAGAAUACAAUCAAGAAAAAGCCAAAGUUUAUUAUGAAAAUCUAUGUGUCUUACGAGAUUUAGGUUUCCCUGAAGAAAAGGCAUCUACUGCACUUUUAAAAUGUAAUAUCGACCGCGAUAGAGCUUUAGAUUUCCUAAUAGCGUAAAUAUAGAAUUUUAUAAAAAAUUAUUAUUAGAA